GAGCCAUGUUUUGGAGAUGCCAUGUGAGGGCUGCAUGGAGUGGGACAAUGUGAGCACUGGCACAACCAUGGAGUUCCUCCUGCUCGGCUUCUCCGAGCUGCUCCAUCUGCGGGUCCUGCUCUUCCUUACCUUUCUCACUGUCCAUUUGGUCACACUGGCAGGGAAUAUGAUGAUCUUCAUGGCGGUGGUGAUGGAGCCCUCACGUUCCCCCAUGCUUUUCUUCCUCAGCCAACUCUCUGCCAUGGAGCUCUGCUAAAUUUUAGUCAUCAUCCCCAAGGCACUGCUCAACCUGGCGGCGGGCGGCAGCGCCAUCUCCGCGCUGGGCUGUGCCGCACAGAUGCAGUUCUUCGUGGCCCUCAGCGGGGCCGACUGCUUCCUGCUGGCAGCCAUGUCCUACAACCGCUACGUGACCAUGUGCCAGCCCCUGCACUACACAGCCCUGGUGGGCGAGGGGCUGUGCCUCCGCCUGGCUCUGGCCUGCGCCCUGGGAGGCUUCGCCCUGGGCUUGACGGUGGCUGUGUUAUGCCUGCCUUUCUGUCAGCCCCGCUGAAUUGAGCACUUCUUCUGCAAUGUGCCUGCCGUGCUGCGCCUGGCCUGCAUGCAGGGAUACACCGCCGAGCUGCCCAUGCUGGCGGCCUGUGUGCUCCUGCUGCUGCUCCCCUUCCUGCUAAUCCUGGCCUCAUACCUCUGCAUUGCUGUGGCUUUGUUAGGCGUCACCUCCCCUGUGGGAAGGGGCAAGGCCUUUUCCACCUGCUUUUCACACCUAGCCGUCAUCUUACUGCACUAUGGCUGCGCCACCUUCAUCUACAUUCGUCCCAAGUCCAGUUACUCACCAGCUCGGGACAAGGUGGUGUCUCUGGUCUACACCAACAUUACUCCUUUAAUGUAUCCUCUCAUUUAUAGUCUGAGGAAAAAGGAAAUCAGAGAGAUCCUCAAGAAAAUGAUGAGGAGGAAGAAAAUAGGUAAACUGGGAUACUAUCAGAGUUGUGAUGUGUGUGUAUGUGGUAAAUUUUAGUAGAACAUACACAUGCUUGCUGGAAAACAGCCCCAUAACCAGACAACCAUAGGCUUCACUAAGGCAAAUAUCCAGGCAGAAUUCUACAUGCAUCACUACAUUCAUGAGAAAAAAAUAUCUCUGCUCAAAAAAAUCCCCAACAUAAUACUUGAUCUAAAGGAAAAUGCUUUAGUGAGUUGUGAGGAUGAAGAGCUUUGAUCAGUCACUGGUCUCACUUCUCUGAUCACAUACAUAUUCAGGCUCACUCUGAUCACAUCCCAGCACAAUCAGAAGAUCAACACAAAAAUUUCUAAAGCUAAUAAACCAAUACUACAGUAUUAAUUUUGUUAUUUUUCUAUCAAGAUGACAGUAGAAAUUGGGUAAUCAGUACAGAUUUUAGACUGGUAAGUUUAGCAGCACAAUAAAUCUGUAGGGACUUAAAGGAAGGUUAGAAGAAGAAAGUCCAUGGCUAGAAAGAAGGGUAAAAUAGCUGUGGUUUUCUCCAAAUUUAGUAGAAGGCUGCACUCUGGCAUCACAUGACAAAUGGAAAGAUUGUUAGUGUAAACUCAUCUAACCUUGAAUUAUUCUACAUAUUGAAAGUUAAAAUGCCAUUAGUCUAACAAGAGUAUGGCUUUGCUAUGCCUGUUCUGCAGGAAGCAAAACAUGUUUCCUUUUAUAGGGAGAUGCUUUAGGUUUGGAUUGUUCCUAUGGCAACACAAAGCCUAAGAUACUUGUUUUAUCAUGUGACUUUCACCGGCAAAGACUGCAUCAUAUAAAUAUGAAUGCCUGGGGAGUGUUGAGAUGUGUAAUUGUAAAAGUAAUAAUACUGCUGCCACAAUUACUGCAAUUUCUUCAGCAAAACCAGUGAGACUUACAGCACAGGCUGGACUGCAGCAGACGUAAGAGUCUGAAAGGUGCAAAGCAGUGCUAUUUUAUGAGUUUCCUAUGUGUAGGAGGAACAGGAUGAUUCAGACAAAUUAGAGA